AUGAAGCCACUAAUGGAAAGGUUGCACGACGAUGGGCAUAACGUUACGCUACAUACAUUAACUGGGUAUAAAAUCGGCCCAAUCGGAAAUAAGAUCCAUUCGGUUGAAUCGCUUGUUCAGAAUGACGAUGCAACUGAAAUUUAUCUUGCGGUACAAAACGCAUUCUGGUACGAGGAAAUGGAGCCCGACGAAUUCAACUUUGCCUUCGAGUACUCACACUCCUAUAUGCGAGCAACAACAAGAGAUGAAAACCUACUCGGCAUCCUCGCAACAAAAUUCGACCUGGUGAUCAUUGACGAUAUGUUCCCACCUGCUCAAGCAACCAUUGCUGAAUAUCAAAAAAUGCAUUACGGCGCCAAAAUUGCUACGUUUCCGACCACCGAUAUUAUGCAAAUAACUGCCGACUAUCGUGGAUUUGGCAGAAAUCCAAUCACUGUCCCAAACUUUCAUGCGAAGGGAUUCAGAACCGAAUACGACGUAACGCUAUUCUGGGAUCGCCUAGCGAAUUUUAGGGAUGUUCUAGUUGAAAACUUCCACUUUCGCUAUGAAUGCGAAUCUUGGGUGCAAAAAUCGGCUGCUUUGCUGAGCGUCAAGACGAGUCAGCAGAAGAUGUAUCGCGAUUCUUACUAUCAUUUUGCGGAUUAUCCGGAGUUGUUGCUGAUGGCUACACCAAAAACCACGCAAGCCAUUUCGGUUGGGCAGAAUUGUAAAGGUUCCAAGCCACUUUCCGAUGAACUCGCCAAAUUUGUGGAUGAUCCAAAAUCCAAGGGCACAAUUUACAUAGCUUUUGGCUCAAUUGUCAAUUGGAAAUAUGGACCCGAACAUAUCCGCCAUACAUUCGUCAAAGUCUUUAAUGCCAUGAGCGAUUACCGUAUUAUUUGGUCGUAUCAGGAUGAGGAACUAACCGAGGCUUUGCCACACAUUAAAUUCCUUUCCUGGGCCCCUCAAAAUGAUAUUCUUGCCCAUAACAAAACGGUGCUCUUUUUUACACAUGGAGGCAUCAAAAGUUUCAAAGAAGGUCUCUGCGCCGGUGUCCCGAUGCUUUUCCUCCCAUUUUUCGCUGACCAGCCAAAAAACGCUCUUUUGGCGAAACAUUGGGGACUCGCUCAAUCGAUUUACAAAAAGAAUGUAACUGAAGUUGAGCUUUCCACGAAGGUUCAUCAAGUACUUGACAAUCCUGAAUACGGAAAUCGUGGCCGAAAGUUCCGUUCCCUAUACCUUGACCAUAUCAUGGAUCCACUGGACUACGGGGCAUUCCACGUGCGUAAAAUGCUGCACCACGACGAGGCGAUGAGGGACAAAUAUUUGAUCGUGAAAUCCAUAUUCUUGACGUAUUCCCAGUUUUUCUAUGCGGAAUUUUUGGCCGCCGUAUUCAUCAGCGGGUUAUUGUUAAGCAAA